AUGCCGCGCACACAACGAGAAAAUACGCAAGCAUGGCACGAUUGCCACGAUUGCAAAUGCCGGUUACCAAAAUACAUGUCGAACAGCUGCGUUGAGCAGUCGAAGUUACCUGUAAACUAUGUAAAUGAGAGAUGCUUCACUGUUUCGUGGUUUCAGUAGAUAGUAUUUACUUGCGAUGGCUAUAAAGGUGUUCGUAGAGGCGACGCCUUUGGUUGUGGACCUAGAGUUUCCAAAUGGCUUGGAGAAAGGCUCGGGUCUUACGCUAGUACUAGAAGACCCAAAGCAGAGAUUGCAAGGCGAAGACAAACUUGGUAUACAGUUCACCUAUGUAAAUGGGGAUGUCUUUCCUGUCGUCAGAACGGUCACUGUCGAAGACGACUUAUCAGCAUGCCUCAGAACAUUGCAGAAGGUCAGAGUGGAAACUACCGCAGAUGAAUCAGGAAAUCCGUCGGUAUGUGUUGUCAAGGCUGUACCAAAGGUAUAUCCAAGCCGAGAGGAGAACGAGGACGACCUGGAAUUCCCAACUAUUGGCAAAGUGCUGGACUGCCUUCCUGGGAGCCCUACUAUGUUUCCCUUGGGCUCUCCAGGCAACUCCAAUCCUCCAUCGGAGAAUGACGGGGGUUCUGAAGUGCACUUGUCCGACUAUGACCCGGACAACCUUGCAGAUUUGUCAAGUGCUCAAGUCAUGGAUUUGGAUAACUCUGAAGACAUCGAUGACCCAGCAGGUUUAUCAGUUGCAGAGAGCAGUGAGCAGGCAGACAAUGCCUGCGUGUGCACCAUAUGCGACUACACAACUGACUCAGCGGAUGGGCUGAAGUACCACAUCCGCCUGCACGCCAUUCACGGAGAACUGUGUUGCAAAGUGUGUAAGGAACACUUUCGCACCAUCAGUGACUUCAAAGCCCACUGCGCCACCCACGUCCCCGUUAUCAAGGAAUCGUCUGUGGAGAGUAGCAGCAAGCGCAUCAAAACUCAGGUCCAGUCGAGCAACCGACGCAAGAACAGUGAAGAAGCGAGCCAGUCCCCAGCCGUAUCCGAACGUGGGCCUCCGACGCUGAGCUGCUGCGAAUGCUCGCGGAGCUUCGCAUCCGCGUCGCUGCUGCACGCGCACGAGCAGUCGCACUACGAGACUGUGAAGCAGGGCGACAAGGAGUGCGAAAUCUGCUCCAAGACGUUCACCACGGUGCGCGGACUACAGCUGCACCUGAAGAAACAUGCGAGGCUGCACCAAAAGAGCAGAGCUGAAGCGGAGAAAAGUGGAGCAAAGGGAGCGGAAGACACCGCGGAUAAGCUUGCCAGCAGUGCUGCAGCAGCAGCAUCACCAGUAGCAGAACUUCCAGCAGGAGGGACGACAGGCUUUGCGUGCCCGCUGUGUGGAAGGUCGUUCGACCAAGAGCGCAAGCGAGACCAUCAUGUCGUGCGCAAGCACACCAAGGCGUACCCAUUUCAGUGUAGCAUGUGCCGAAGGGGAUUCAUGUUCCAGAAGAAUCUGGACCGCCAUUUUCAAGACACACAUAGUUGUCACUAUGUGCUCAAUGUGGUGGAAGCAAUGGAUGAAAGUCGGGAAGGUGAAAUCGUACAGCUAUCCCAAAUGAAAUGCAACUACUGCACUUUCAACACAUUCGCCAUCGGAAGCAUGCAGUCUCAUCUGGCUUCUCAUCCCGAGAUCAGAUACUACGCCUGCGAAAAAUGCGACAAAGAAUUUUCCAGCGAGGUGCGCUACCGGCGCCACGUUGAGACGGGAGUGUGCGACAUGAAGCCCGAGUGCGACGUGUGCGGGAAGUGCCUGAGCAGCAUGACCGCGCUGCGGAACCACAAGCUGUGCCACGGGGAAGACAAGGCCUUUCGGUGCAGCGUCUGUGACGAGAGUUUCAAGACCAACACUACGCUCAAGUAUCACGUACAAGCAAGGCACGGUGAAAUCAAGGCCUUCAAGUGCGAGCACUGUUCCAAGAGCUUCAGCUUUGCGGCCCAGAAGAAACGUCACGUGAGCAGAGUUCACCUGAGGGAGACCAAUCACCCCUGUAACCUGUGUCCCAUGAAGUUCAUGACCAAAAGGGAACUUAUGCUGCAUCUUCUGUGUGGGCACAAAUUUCAACCUGCGCUCUCUGACAAGGGCAAGGCACUGAUGCCCGACGGAACACACGCUCCCAACCUGAAGCUGUUUCAGUGCGAGUACUGCGAGUAUGCCUCGUACAGCCGCAAGGGCUACCUGCGCCACCUGGUAGACCACACCGGCGUAUGGCCCUACGCGUGCGACCUGUGCGGCAAGGGCUUCAUAGAGCGUAACCAGGCUGAGCGUCACAUUAGGGCGACGCACACGACGGAGAGCUAUCCCUGCCCUCAGUGCCCGAGGGUCUUUGUGCUUCCCUCAAGCUACCAGGAGCACCUGCAGGCUCACACCGAGCAGCAGGGGACGAGUUGCCCACACUGCGAGAAAUACUUCGAGACGCACGGUCUUUACUCUUUGCACCUGCAGACCCAUUCGCGUGACCUCCAUUAUCGCUGCCAGGUGUGCGGACAGGGAUUUUCCAAGAUCGCAGCUCUCAACUUUCACAUGAUUGUGCACAAGCAUGAGAAAGGAGGACCAAAUACAUGGACCUAUUCUUGCGACGUAUGCAAGAAGCGCUUCAAGUACCCCGGAAGCUUGGCCGCACAUAAAUACAAGCACUCGCAGGACAUCUUGAAAAAGUGCGAGCUAUGCCACGUCACGCUUCGAACGGAAGGUCUCUUCGAAGUGCACAUGCGUCGCCACCGUGGGGAGAAGCCAUUCAAGUGCCCGUACUGUGACAAGGCUUUCACACUGUCCAUGACACGCAAGCAUCACGUGACUCGUUUCCACACCGGGGACUACCACAUCUUUUGUCCGCUCUGCCAGAAAGGUGUUGUGUCCAAUAAGAUGCUGCGUAGACACCUGUACCACGUCCACGGCACUGUCGUCACAAAGAAAAAGGCCGUGCUCGCGUCCGACGCGGCACUCAUGCUGGGCACCGUCGAAGGUGUCGCGGCGGUGGAGGGCGUUGAUGCCGUCGAAUCCGUCGAGGCUGUCGGCGAUGCUGUUGAAACGGUUGUCGAAACCGUAGAGUUCCAAUAAGAGCUGCAGUUUUCGUUCCA